AUGAAGCCGAAUAUCCACCGACAGUAUUGCAAUUACAUCUCAAAUUUAAUUAAUUCAAGAUCAAAUCCACCACUUACUAUGACCGAUAACGAUACCACGCAAUUCUUAGAAGCCUAUUCGUCUCAUCCGUUAACUUAUCUAACCUUCGCGGAUUUGUAUACAUAUGAGGCGAUUAUUUUAAUCAUUUAUGGUAUCAUGAUUGUCUUUUCGUUUUUCACAAAUUUUAUUGCCAUGAUCAUUUUUCUGUUUGGGCGUCGCUCGCGAUCUGAUCUCUCCCCGUUUUUGCUCAAUCUAUCCGUUUUUAAUAUAAUUAUGACGGCGUAUUGUAUUCCAUUUACAAUAACAUCGGUGAUUUUUCAACGUUGGUUGUAUGCCCGCGAAUUAUGCAUUGUUCUCGAUCUCUUCAAAACGUUCUCAGUAACCGGUGUCUUGGUAACCUUGAUAAUUAUCGCUAUCGAUCGUUAUUGUGCUGUGAGAUAUCCAUUAACAAUGAAAAUUUAUUCCGGAUCCAAACGAAAUGUCAUUGCAUUAACCAUCAUUUGGAUUCUAAGCAUCGCUCUAGCGAUAAUCAAAUCGCCGGCAAGAUCGAAUCCCGUGGAAGAGAAACGUUUAUGGGUUACAUCUCGAACUUCACUAGCUAGUUUUAUCGAUUAUCUCAAGAUUAAUGGUACAUAUUUAUCUGAUACGUCUUCAAUACGGUUGGAUUUUCAGUACAAAAUCGUGGAUACAAUUCAAUGCGUGCCGAAUAAAGGUGCAUCACCCGUUGAAGUUCAACGUACAAUUUUCAAUUUCCUACAAACAUAUUUUGUUCCUCUGUCUGUCAUUGCUUUUGUUUAUCUUCGCAUAGCUGCGAUGUUGUGGCAUCGUUCAACAGAUGGAGCAGGUGAAACGAAUGGAAGCGCGGCAAACAAUAUAUUGAAUACGCAUGAAAGUGUACAAUUCAAAAAAAAAUUAAAACAGGGCUUAAAAAUGCUAGUAGUCGUUGUUAUUCUCUAUGCUGUACUUUGGUUGCCGAUGAACGUAUUCCAAUUAUGCGUUAAUCUUCUGUGUGAUCAAGGAACACCCUAUCAAAAUUUUUGUAGUCGUGGAACACUACUUCAACUUCUAUAUAUAGCAUGUCAUUUUCUUACUGUUUCCAAUACAGCUAUUAAUCCGAUUAUCUAUGGAUUUGCUAAUAAUCGUUUUCGGAGUGACAUUCAGCAAAUAAAAAAUCAUCUUCUCGGUUGUCAAGGCGGUACAUCAAUAUGCUGCACGUCGGAAUUUAGUCGAACGUCAUCGUAUCAAUUGGAAGAUCGACUUCGUGAUAGUAAAAUGAACCAAAGCCUGCUAGUGAAACAACGAAGGUCGUCGAAUACUCGAUUAGAUUCGUCAACUGAAGGCAAAGCAUUUCGAACAGCGAAUACAAAUAUGACAUAA